GACCUGUGCAACAGCCUCUCGAGGAUCGAAUCUUCACUCCUGCUGUCUCGGCAGUGUACAGCACGGUAACACAAGUAGCAAGACAGCCGGGACCCCCGACCCCUUCCCCUUACUCAGCACAUGAAAUAAACAAGGGGCAUCCAAAUCUUGCGGCAACGCCCCCGGGACAUGCAUCGUCCCCUGGACUCUCUCAAACCCCUUAUCCCUCUGGACAGAAUGCAGGUCCAACCACGUUGGUAUACCCUCAAGCUCCUCAGACAAUGAAUUCACAACCUCAGACCCGUUCUCCGUUUUUCCAGAGGCCUCAAAUACAGCCUCCUAGAGCUACCAUCCCGAACAGCAGUCCUUCCAUUCGUCCUGGUGCACAGACACCCACUGCAGUGUAUCAGACCAAUCAGCACAUCAUGAUGGUUAACCACCUGCCCAUGCCGUACCCAGUGCCCCAGGGUCCUCAGUACUGUAUACCACAGUACCGUCAUAGUGGCCCUCCGUAUGUUGGGCCCCCACAGCAGUAUCCUGUUCAGCCACCAGGGCCAGGUCCUUUUUAUCCUGGACCGGGACCUGGGGACUUCCCCAGUGCUUAUGGAGCGCCUUUUUACCCAAGUCAGCCAGUGUAUCAGUCAGCACCUAUCAUAGUGCCUACGCAGCAGCAGCCCCCUCCAGCCAAGAGAGAGAAAAAAACAAUAAGAAUUCGAGAUCCAAACCAGGGAGGUAAAGACAUAACAGAGGAGAUUAUGUCUGGAGGUGGCAGCAGAAAUCCUACUCCACCCAUAGGCAGACCCACAUCCACACCUACUCCUCCUCAGCAGCUGCCCAGCCAGGUCCCUGAGCACAGCCCUGUGGUUUAUGGGACUGUGGAGAGCGCUCAUCUUGCUGCCAGCAUCCCUGUCACUGCAGCUAGCGACCAGAAGCAAGAAGAGAAGCCAAAACCAGAUCCAGUGUUAAAGACUCCUUCCCCAGUCCUUAGGCUAGCCCUUAGUGGAGAGAAGAAAGAACAAGCAGGCCAGACAUCUGAGGUUACUGCAGUAGAAGCCAUACCAGAGCUUACUCUGCCUCCAUCGCCUGCCACUCUUCCUCCACUUGCUGGAAGUACAGUUGCCUCCCCCACCCCUGCUGCUCUUAGCAGCCAGCCAGUAUUCACCACUGCUGCCGAUGACAGAUGUGAACUCUCUUCCUCAAAAGAAGACACAAUUCCUAUACCCAGCCCCACAUCUUGCACAGAAGCAUCAGAUCCUUCACCAACAGAUGAAAUUGACGAUGAUAUAUGCAAGAAAUCUUGUAGUGUAGCACCUAAUGAUAUUCCGCUGAUUUCUAGUACUAACCUAAUUAAUGAAAUGAAUGGAGUUAGUGAAAAAUUACCAGCCACGGAAAGCAUUGUGGAAAUAGUAAAACAGGAGGUGUUGCCAUUGACUCUUGAAUUGGAGAUUCUGGAAAAUCCCCCAGAAGAAAUGAAAGUGGAGAGUGUUGCAACUCCUGUCGCCCCUUCCACAGUUCCCUCCGUUUCUCCGUCUCCUCCAACUCCUCCAGCUUCUCCUCCUCCCACACCAGUCAUUGUUCCUGCGGCUGCCUCUAACGUUAGUACUGCUAGUGGUCCCACCGCAGUUCAGAGAGUCUUAGAAGAGGACGAGAGCGUAAGAACUUGCCUUAAUGAAGAUGCAAAAGAGAUUCAGAACAAAAUAGAGGUAGAAGCAGAUGGGCAAACAGAAGAGAUUAUGGACUCUCAGAACUUAAGUUCAAGAAAGAGCCCAGUCCCAGAAACAUCAAAUGAAUGCUGUAAUUCCUAGUCUGAUUUCUUCGUUGGUGUGUUUAUGUUUUAGUGCAUCCAGCAAAGAGUACUCCGUUGUCUAAAAAUGCAAAUGAAAUUUCAAAUAUACAAAAUGCCUCCAAGGUAUAUGUCAC